CUCUUCCUCUCUCUUUUUCUUUUGCUCUCGCUCUCUCUCUCUCUCUCUCCCUCUCUCUCUCUCUCUCAUCCCACCCCUAAACCAAAUACAGGGAUAGUUGUCUUAUUAUUAGUGACUUAAAUGAUGCUUUUGAACGAGACGAUGCUGGGUACUUUUGGUGCCUAGCACCAUCCCACUUUUUUCUUUUAAAUUCCUGAGCUGUUGUUUACUAGGACAUUCUUUUAUUCCUGUUUCUACUAAGGCUGAAUGUUACUUGGGUGGAAAGCCUAAUUGCUUUCUUUUCUAGGUCCUUAAACCCUUUGUUAAUGUUUCUGUCUGAGAGUUCCCAAAGCCAGGGUUCUAGGAGAGUUUGGCAUGUCUGAACAACUGAACCACGAAAUAAUGGAGUAGGUCCGGCGGGGUGUGGGAGCAGGGCAUUCUGUCAAUAAAAGAGCUCCCCUCUCUGCACACAUGGCCAGUUAAUUGGCCAUUCUGGGAAAGUAUGGAUGGGGAGGGGGGCUUCUGAGAAUCGCCGGUGACAGUUAAGUGGCCUUUUGUUGACGUCCUCUGCUGAACAACUUUGUUGGAUUUAGUCUCUGCCUUCCCCCCCGCCCCCCGCCUCCUGUGGAUUUUCUGUUAGUUUCAUCAUUUACCAUUCACACAUCAUCUUUCACUCUCUCCUUCCAAUAUGACUGCUUUGUGUGCUGGCCUCGGCUUUAUUCCUGCUAUUCCCAGCCCAUAAAGGGGGCUGUGUGGGCCUUCAGCAGGACUGAGAAAUUGACUCUGCUGUCUGUUGAGAACUAUAAUGAUUGCAGUGACCUUCAUGUCUGGCAGAAAAUCCACUACCUGUGCCGGCAUAAUGGCGGCCAGCUGAACAUAGAGAAAAGGGAGUCUUCACUGAAUUCCUUCUCGUGCUAUAUGGAUUUCCUUUGUUCCCCUCUCUAUUCCCUUCUGUCCCCCUUCUCCCCACUGCAACUGGAGUGCUGACCUAAGAUGCAGCUGUGACUAAGAGUUAAUGCUUGGAAAUAAUAAUACAUUCUAUUUUGCAGGCUUUGCCAAGCCAGUUCACCCACGUUGUCUCAUCUAAUAUUCCCCCCAACCCCUGUGAGGCCGGGCCUGCCGGCCUUUAGGUGCUGUCCUGUCCUGAGGCUUCGGCCAUGCCUGCGCACGAAGAAAGGGCUUGAAGCUCGCCUGAAGGAAGAAGCAUGCAGGGGGCCCCUGGAGGAGGCGUGGGCCCUGGGCUGUCCCCUGUGGACAGGUGGACGCUCCUGGUCUUCAGCUUUAUUCUGGCAGCAGCUUUGGGCCAAAUGAAUUUCACAGGAGACCAGGUUCUUCGAGUCCUGGCUAAAAAUGAGAAGCAGCUUUCACUUCUCAGGGAUCUGGAGGGCCUGAAGCCCCAGAAGGUGGACUUCUGGCGUGGCCCAGCCAGACCCAGCCUCCCGGUGGAUAUGAGAGUUCCUUUCUCUGAACUGAAAGAUGUCAAGGCUUACCUGGGCUCUCACGGCCUUGCUUACAGCGUCAUGAUAAAGGACAUCCAGGUGCUGCUGGAUGAGGAGAGAGAAGCCAUGGCCAAAUCCCGCCGGUUGGAGCGUAGCACCAGCAGCUUCAGUUAUGCCUCUUACCACACCCUGGAGGAGAUAUAUAGCUGGAUCGACAACUUUGUAGCCGAGCACUCAGAUAUAGUCUCAAAAAUUCGGAUUGGCCACAGCUUUGAAAAUCGGUCCAUUGUUGUCCUGAAGUUUAGCACUGGAGGACCUCAGCGCCGGGCCAUCUGGAUCGACACUGGAAUCCACUCCCGGGAGUGGAUCACCCAUGCCACUGGCAUCUGGACCGCCAAGAAGAUUGUCACUGAAUACGGCAAAGACCGCACGCUGACGGACCUACUGAACGCCAUGGACAUCUUCAUGGAGAUCGUCACCAACCCUGAUGGGUUUGCGUUUACCCACAGCAUGAACCGCCUGUGGCGGAAGAACAAGUCCACCAGACCUGGAAUCUUCUGCAUCGGUGUGGAUCUUAACAGGAACUGGAAGUCAGGUUUUGGAGGAAAUGGUUCAAAUAACAACCCCUGCUCUGAGACUUAUCGUGGGCCCUCCCCUCAGUCGGAGCCAGAGGUGGCUGCCAUCGUGGACUUCAUCACAUCCCAUGGGAACAUCAAGGCUCUGAUCUCCAUUCACAGCUACUCUCAGAUGCUCAUGUACCCUUAUGGCCGCUCACCGGAGCCUGUUCCAAACCAGAAGGAGUUGUACGAUCUUGCCAAGGACGCAGCGCAGGCCCUGUAUGAGGUCCACGGGAUCCGGUACAUUUAUGGCAGCAUCAGCACCACCCUCUAUGUGGCCAGCGGGAUCACUGUCGACUGGGCCUAUGACAAUGGCAUCAAGUUCUCCUUCACCUUCGAGCUCCGGGACACGGGGCGCUAUGGCUUCCUGCUGCCGGCCUCCCAGAUCAUCCCCACGGCCCAGGAGACGUGGCUGGCGCUUCGGACCAUCAUGGAACACACCUUGAAUCACCCCUACUAACAACACCACCGGGGGCAGAGCGGGAAGGUUCAUUCCCUUCCCCGAGGACCGGGGCUCCUCCUGAAACCCAAGUGAUGCCUCCUGUUCCCCACACCCCAACCCUGACCCCUUAGGAGAUAAAUACAAGUUUGAACAGGCUU